AUGCAGAUUAUACUCAGAGCAGCACGAGCAUUUGGAGAGUACCUGUCCCACACACACCCUGAAAACCGAAACGGAUCAGCCCAUCUUCUGUGUGAAACCUUGGUGGGUCCCGACCCGGAAUCGUCGAGUGACACGAUUGGCCCAAACAACAACAACCAUCCCUGCUCCAACGUCACCAAGAGCUGCAAGGACAACCGAGAGCCCAGCUUGGUGAAACCCCCGCUGAGAGCAGUCCAGCCACCUCCCCCUUCCAUCACCAUCUAUACCAAGCCAACGCGGCUUUCCCUUGAGCGUAGCUUCUCAGCGGAGGAAGACCAGCAGAAGUGUGUAGAGUGCACCCUGCAGCCUGCCCGCGUGUACACCAUCACAACCCAGCGCGGUAUGCUGAUGAGCAGCGGCCGGGGCAGCAAGGAGAGCCUAGAACUGGACGUCCUGAAGGAGAAGUCGGGGAGUGGCGGGGUGGGAUCCAGAGGUGGCUUGAUCCAGCCCUCAACUUCCCCUUCCUCCGCCUCAUCGUCUCCAACCCAGUACCACCAUGCCAGUAGCGGCCGUGGUGUCAGCCAUCACCACCGUGGUAACCAUCCCCACGGGAACCAUCACCACCACACCAUUGCGGGCACCAACGCGCCCUCCAGCAGUGGAGGAAGUGGCGGGGCAAGUGGAAGCAGCAGUAGCAACCAGCAACAGUCUCUGAACGUCGCUGGAUCCCACUCCCAUGUAUCACACCACCACAGCCACCACCAUCACCUGUCUCAGCCCCCGCUGCAGACCUCCGUCAGCGCCCACAACAUCCGCAGCUGGGGCGAGGGUGGAAAAGGGGAGGCAGAGUGCAGCGGGCUGGCAUGUGACUCAUGCAGCGGAGCCCCCUCCCGGAGCCAGGGCUCCCUGGACCUGGAAAGCGCAUCCCGAGAGGCAGAGGACACUAACUGGUUCCCCAAGGAAAAUAUGUUCAGCUUUCAAACUGCCACAACAACCAUGCAGGCGAUAUCGGCUUUUCGGGGAUUUGUGCAGAGAAAAAGGAGAGAGAGGGAGCAGAAUUCGGCAGAAGUCAUCCAGAGGUAUGAAGCGUCCCCCACCAGGGUGUGCUUUGCUUGA